AUGGCUAGAGGUAUGAAAUCUCAGGCAACAAAGUAUGCUUAUGUAGUUGGGGCACUCCCUAUUGAGAUUGCUGCUGAAGUCGGAGAUUUAAUCGAUCACGUGCCAGAAGCUGAACCUUAUGAUAAAAUAAAGACAGCCGUAAUCCAACGCACCUCGGUUUCAGACGAGAGAAGACUGCAGCAAUUGCUAACGUCUUGCGAAUUGGGGGACAAGAGACCCUCGCAAUUACUCCGACAUAUGAAACAUUUAUCAGGAUCGUAUAAGCUAGACGAUGCAUUACUUAAACAGAUGUGGUUUCAACGUUUACCACAGAACGUCACCUAA